AUGGGUCAGGGCAGUUCUGGGAAAACUAGCAUGCGGUCCAUAAUUUUUGACAAUUAUGAUCCCAUAGAUACCAAAAGAUUAUGCGCAACAAAUGAAGUUGAAACAACACACGUUCCAUUUCUCGGACAUAUGCUGUUCAACAUUAAAGAUUGUGGCGGACAUGAAAAGUUUGUUAACAGCUAUUUUGGUCAUAAACGAAAGCAUCUAUUUCAAAACGUUGAUGUUUUUGUUUACUUGUUUGAAGUUAAAAAUCAAGACGAGGAAUUUGCAAAAGAUCUGAAGCACUAUCAAUCACUUUUAAGUGCUAUUCGCAAAGGUUCUCCUUUUGCCAACGUGUUUUGUCUAAUGCAUAAAAUGGAUUUGGUAGAACCUGACAAGAGGGAAAAGUUGUUCAAAGAUCGUGAAAAUGAACUAAUUAACAUUUCUAAGCCUGUAAAUAUUACUUGCUAUAUGUCAUCAAUCUGGGAUGAAUCAUUAUACGGGGCUUGGUCUUCAAUUGUAUACAGGCUAAUAUCAAAUGUUCAGGUAUUGGAAAAUACAUUGAAAUCAUUUGGUGAGGAAAUGGAAUGCGACGAGGAAAAACAAGACGAUUCAGAAAAUGUUAUUUUGCUUAAAACUACUAAAAUGUUGCUUACUCUGCCCUCUGCCUUCUUGGCUUAG